AUGGGGGCUGGGCUGCCCCUUGUCCUCCUCCUGACCCUCGUCGGCAUUUCACAGGGGGCAGGGCCGGGAAUGACUUUGCAUCUGAAGUUAAAGAACUCCCUUCUGGCAAAUUCCUCCUAUGAUUCCAGCUUCCUGGACUUUCUCCAGAAGUUCUGCCUCCUCCUCCACCUCCCCUUGGGGACCAACGUCACCCUGCAUCAAGCAGGGUCCUCACAGCACGCCACCUGCAGAGUCUGA